ACAGUCACGUGAUCAUACAGUGGCCCACACUGUUUACAUUUUACAUGGCCGAAAAAUUUAUAGUAUAUUAAAAUUUUCUCUAAAACUUAAAUACCAUGAAACCCCUUUGUAUAACUUAUACGAUCCUCCUCAUUUUCCCUUUAACUUUCGUGAGUGGUGAUGAAGUAUUGGGUUGUGGGGGAUUCAUUAAAAGCCACGUACCAAUCGAUUUUUCAAAAAUUGAGGUUAAAUUGAUAACAAAGCAAGGUAUUGUUAAAGAUAAAACUACUUGCGCUCCGAAUAAUGGCUAUUAUUUUGUACCUUUAUAUGAUAAAGGUGAAUUUAAAUUAGAGAUAUCUGGGCCUCCUGGUUGGAGUUUCACACCAAAAGAAGUGAAUCUAAAUAUCAAUGGAAAAGACCCUUGCAGUGAAGGGAAGGACAUCAAUUUUUUGUUUAAAGGGUUUGGUAUCACAGGUAGGGUUGAAAGUUUUGGAGAUAUACAAAGAGGGCCCCAAGGAGUUGCUGUCAAGUUAACAUCUAAAGAUGGAGAAAGAACUACAGAAACUGGUGCAGAUGGAAGUUUUUCAUUUACUCCUGUUUAUCCAGGGACAUACUCUGUUAAAAUCUCCCAUCCAAAAUGGAAACUUAUGAAAGAUUCAGUAACAGUGACUGUAACUGAAGGAAACACUGAGCUACCUGUAAAUAGUUUAAUCAUUCAAGGUUAUGAAGUUAAAGGAAAAGUUCUAACAGCAGAUCAAAACCCAGUUGAAAAUACCAUUAUUGUUCUUUAUGCACAAAAAUCUACAGGUCAACAAAUACCAACUGCUGGUUGUGAAACUAAUGGUAUUAUAGAAUUAAGCAAAAAUGAUCUGUUUAUCUGCUAUGUCAAGACAGGUUCCACUGGUGAAUUUAAUUUCCCAGUUGUUCCUAUUGGUUCUUACUUUGUGGCUCCUUAUUAUAAAGAAAAAAACAUUGACUAUCAGCCUGACAAAAAGGAAUUUUUUGUUCAACAUGCAAAUGUUGAAAUGAACCAGCAUUUUCAGGUAAUAGGAUUUACUCUGCCAGGUAGAGUAUUUAGUCACAAAAAUGAACCAAUUACGGAUGCCAAAAUAUACCUUAAUGGGGUACAAGUAACAACCACUGAUAACAUGGGACAAUAUAAGCUUGAGAAAUUAAAAACUGGGAAGUAUCAGCUAAAAGCAGAAGCAGAAAAUAUGUUAUUUGAUGAAAUUACAUUCAACAUAGAGACAAGCCUUUCUACUUUACCAGAUCUAGUCCCUUCAGCAUAUAAAGUGUGUGGAAGAGUGAUAAAUGAGAAACCACAGAGGAUAAUUUUCACUAAAAUUGGAUCAUCUUCAUUAAUAGAAACUGUUAGUGAUGAGUUACAAGAAUUUUGUGAGUUUUUGCCCCCAGGACAGUAUGAAGUUAGUGUUAGGGUUAACAGUGAGGAUAUAAAAAAUGGCUUGCAAUUUUUCCCAGUGGUUCAAAAAAUUGAAGUUUUUUCAACAAAUGUUAGAGAAUUGGUAUUUUCAAAACUAAAAUCCACUAUUUUUGGAACAGUGAAAUGCCUUAGGAAGGAAGAUUGUGAUGAUUUAACUGUUACUUUAAAAUCUAACUCAAAAAAGAGAAAAAUUAUCGUAAAGAAUUCAAACUAUGUAGAAACUGAUAUUCAACCUGGGGUCUAUGAAGUUGAAAUUUCGGAUGAAAAAUUAUGCUGGGAAAAGUCAAAACUAACAGUAAAUGUUAAUGCUGAAAAAGUGGAAGUACCUGAAUUUGUCCAAACUGGCUAUAAGAUUAAUUUUAUUGCUACUCAUGAGACAACAGUUAGUUAUAAGUCUUUAAAAGAUAACAGACCUCAAAAAAUAUAUGUCUCGAAAGGGUCGACAACUGCAUGUUUAGAUACAGCUGGUCAAUAUUUGUUGUCAAUAAACAGUUGUCAUGAAUUUGAAUUUGACACUUUAACAUAUGAUACUUCGGGUGAUAAUAAUUUAAUACAACUAAAUGCCCAAAAACAUGUGGUAGAUUUAUCUAUUGAAGCAGAUAGAGAUCAUGGACCAAUUCAAGUCCAUGUAGAGAGUGAGACUGAUCAGUUUAACCAACUGUCUAACUUUGAAGUUGGAAACUAUGGUAUCAAAUUGAUGCUGAAACCUGGAGAAAUUGCUACUUUGACCCCUAGGUCAGAAAAAUUGUUCUUUUCUCCUGUAACUGCAAAAAUCGAAGGAACCCCUGACUGUCACAAUUAUGGUCAUAAAUUUAAAGCUAUUUUAGGUUUAGUGUUUGAGGGAAAAGUCAAUCCUACCUUAGAAGGGGUAAAGGUUACUGUGAAAAACUUAAAUACGAAUGAAGAAUAUACACAAGAAACUGAUAGUAAUGGGAAUUACAAGUUCAUUCCUUUGGACAGUCGUUACAAGUAUAGCAUUGCAGCUGAAAAAGAAUCUUAUAUUUUAGUUGGGCCUGAGAAGAAUGGAGAUUUUACUGCUCAAAAAUUAGCUGAAAUUAAGGUUCGAGUUAUAGAUGAAGCAGAUAAGUCACCUUUGCAGGGAGUUCUGUUAUCCCUUUCUGGUGGAGAAAGUUUUCGUAAAAAUCUUCAAACCAACAAUAAAGGAGAAGUAGUUUUUCACUCGUUAAGUAGUGGAGACUAUUUCUUGAGGCCCAUGAUGAAGGAAUAUUCUUUUGAGCCAGCAUCUCAAAUCUUAGGAGUCAAAGAGGGACAGACCAUCAACGUUUCUUUAUUGGGCAAACGUGUUGCCUUUAGCGCAUUUGGAAAAAUUACAACGGUAAACGGUGAUCCAGUGGAAAAAAUAAAUGUUGUAGCACAGGGCAUAGAAAAUUGUACAGGAUUAUCUGAAGAGGCAACAACGGAUUCAAUGGGCUCGUUUAGAAUUCGUGGAUUACAACCUUAUUGCUCUUUUAAAGUUGCAAUUCAUGCUUCAGAUCGUAAUUUAGUGCAGGGAACUAGCCCACGGUGUAUUGAAAUACCGAACAUUAAAGAGGAUAUAAAGGAUGCUAAUAUUAUCAUCUUCAAGCCAAUAUUAGUAACCGAUGUUCUCCUAAAGGUUUUUACUGAAAAAGUGGAAAACUACAAAUAUUUGAAGGUAGUAGUAUAUCGCGAGACUGGUGGCCAAGCAGUGAUUUAUUCGGCAACCAUAGACAGCUUGAACAUAAAAAUUGAAGGCAACAAGAAUGUGGGACUUUUGGUUCACUUGCCUUCCCUCCCAUUGGACGGCAAUGAUUACUCUGUACAUUUAGAAUCCACACACCAUAUCAAAGGAACUUCUGAUAUUGUUUACUUCAAAGCAAACUCAGGUUUCAAAUUCGUUGAAGUUACCUUCAAAUCAAAACUGCAUGCAAAAGAACAACCGAUAAAACAAUUUUCUUUAUUGUCAAUUCUUUCUAUUUUAAUGGGGCUCGUGUUGUUCUAUAAUAUCGAGCCUAUUUUAGGCAUAUUAAAACAACACCUCAAUUUUAAUAUUGAUUCUAUAAGCUCCUACUUUCCUCUACUUUCUCUCCCAAGCCCUGUCGAGUAUGAAGAUAUAGACCAAAUUGUGCAGGAUAUUAAUAAUGUUCGAAAGCAUAAACCAAAGAAGACUAAUUAAUCUUUAGAUAGUUUGAAUUGAGUUGCACAUAUUAUUCCACUUUAUUUAUUUACUUCUUACAUAAUUCUUGAUUUUAUUUUCUGUUUAUUGCAUUGAAUGAUUAGAUUUAAUAUGAAAAAUUGUGUCCUAAUUAACAGAUGAAACCAAUUGUUUAUUGUAUUGAACUUAUUUAAGUGAAAAGCAAUAGUUGAUAUGAAAUACAUUUUUUAAUAAAGCUGUUAUUUGAA